AAGGCAGAGACAGACAGACAGAGACAGGGAGGGAGACACAAACAGAGACCUGGAGGAGAACUAAUGUAGCCACCUGGCACCGACUUCGGGGCUUGGGUCUCUGCCCUGCAGGCAUGGCACAGACGCGUGGUCAGGACGCCCUUCCGUGCGGCUGCUCUCUCACCCUCCUGUUCCUGCAGCUCCUGGCCUGCGGCGUCCCUGCAAACGGGAGAGCCGACUUUGCGGUGCUGGCACCAAGCGAGCCGAUUCUAGCUGUGCUGGGGAAAGAUGCGGAGCUGCCCUGUCACCUGUCGCUCAACAUCAGCGCCGAGGACAUGGAGCUGCGGUGGUACAGGGACCAGCCUUCCCCCGCAGUGCACGUGCACAGGGCGGGCCGGGACGUGCUGGACGAGCAGAUGGCGCGGUACCAGGGCCGGACUACGUUCCUGGGGGCGCGCCUGGCCCAGGGCUGGGCCGCCGUGCGGAUACACAAUGUCACCUUGGCUGACAACGGCUCAUUCCACUGCUGCUUCAGGGACGGUGCUGCGUUUGAGGAGGCCACACUGUGGCUCAGGGUGGCAGGUGUACUACAUAGUGAUUCAAUGCUUGUACAUACUGCAAACGAUCACCACACUCCCGUUUCUGAAAAGGCCCCAUCCAUGGCAGCAGUGCUGCCUCUGGCCCUUGUUGUCAUGGGGCUUGCCUCAGCUGGGAUCACCUGCCUCUUCUGGAAGUGUCGGAGGAAAAAGAACAGAAAUUGGCUGGAUGAAGGGGAAGGGCUUGGAGGAGCAGAUAAGCAGGGACGGCAAGCCAGCAGGAAUGGAGACCCAACAUUCCAAGGCUGGGGAGAGGAUGACGUCAUCGAUGUGAGCCCAUCCCUGGACCCCAACUCCGCAAGCCCCAGACUCGCACUGUCUAAGAACAGGAAGAAAGUGAGGCGGCUGUUCUUUGCCCAGGAGCUGCCAGAGAAGCCUGGCUGGUUUGACCAGGACCCCUGCGUGCUGGGACAAGAGAGAUUCUUGGCCGGGAGGUAUUACUGGGAGGUCCAAGUGGGGCUAAGGAAAGCUUGGAGCCUGGGAGUGUGUCUGGAGAGCUUAGAUCGGAAGGGAAGGGUCCCCAAGGCCCCCCAGCACGGGAUCUGGGCCCUGGAGCUGUACAAGAAGGAGUUCUGGGCCCUCACCUUCCCGAGGGUUCUCCUGCACCCGCCGGAGCCCCUGCAUCGAGUGGGGAUCCUCCUGGACUGCGAUGCCGGCACAGUCUCCUUCUACAGCGUGGGUGACAGAGCCCUCAUCUACAUGUUCUCUGGACUCCCCUCCUCAGUUCCUCUGCGACCAUUCUUCUGCCUCUGGACACAUGACCGCCAGCCCCUGACUAUCUGCUCAGAACAGCAGCCACCAGAGGUUCAGGGGCAGGCCCUCCGACAGGGCCAACAUUCUCCCUGCCCCAGCCUGGCCCAGUUCUUUGGGAGCUGUGUCCAGUCCCCUAGGUCCUAGCUCAGCCACAUACAGGGGUGCAGCUUUGUGAAUUACCCUGCCUUAUCUUCAC